AUGCAACAUCAAAUAUAUAGACAAGGUGAGUACUCCAUACUAAUAGACGACGAAGAUGAGGAUGAAGCUGGUGCAGAGGGUCAUAAGAUUAGUGAGCUACAGAAAAAUGGAAAUGAUGCAAUUCAUGUAGCUAUAUUUCAACAUUAUCGCGUUAAUAUUACAUUGUGUGAUUUCAAAUCACUGAUUGACAACUUGUUGAAAUAUGACCACCUAAUUAGAGAAAUAUUUGACCGUCCAAGACUGGUGACGGUGAAGUUGGUGGUCAUUUUACAUUAUUCAUUGAACCGAUUUACUGAUGUUAAGGAUUGCUUAAGCAACAUUGAUUUGAUUAGUAAGCUAUUUAAUCCAAAAGGUAUAAAUGUUUGUUCAGUUGAUUUGCAAUUAAACAAGAAGCUGUAA